AUGGGCCCCAAGAGGGAUGGUCCCAUUCUCAGUCACUUUUUCCAAAGUGGGUCCAAAAACUCUCCUACCCAAGACUCCCUCCAGGUCGGGUUACUUGCUACAGGCGUUCCUCAGGGGCAAAUGCAGACAGCUCGCACCCGUGCUACAAAUAAUGUUGACCUGCAUUCACCUCUGCUGGGUGUUAAAGAGGAGCCCAUGGAGGAGGGGGAGGAGGUGGUCGUGGACCUGGUGUCAGUUAAGGCUGAAGAGAUGGAUGUCUCCUUCCCAGCACAACAACCAUCCAAGUCUGACUGUCCAUCAGCAGAUACUACGCCAGUCAACAAAGUGGCGCGUCCCAUGUGUUCUGCAGGCGUGUCUCAACAUUUCAUCAGUAGACACCUUGACAUCUGCCUGACCAGGGGUGAGAAGAAGGAAUGCUUGAGAAGUGUACCCCCCCUGCUGACCCUACAGGAGGUGAAGAGAAAGCUGAAGGAGGGCCAUCUUUCUGUACAAGGGACCAGAGGCCAGUUGCUCAAAAGGCACCAGGAGUUUGUGCUUUCUUAUAAUGCCCCGUGUGAGUCACCGAACCCCAAAUCAGCUGAAGAUAUUGCCAGAGAAGUGGAGGCCAGUGAGAAGACCAGAAAUCACCUGCAGGGAAAAGCCAAACCAGUCAUGCCCUUGUCAAAACUUUCUAGCAUGGCUAGAAAGAAACUGUCAGUGGAACUGUCGGUGGAAGAGCAAAGAGAGAGAAAUAGGGAGUAUCAAAGAAAGAGAAGAGAGAAAGUAAACAGUGACCCAGACAGCAGAAUUGAGAUUCUAGAGAAGGAAAGACAAAGGUGGAAGAAGAGGGUUCAAGACAAAAAGGUGAGACAAAUAGGAGAAUUGGGAGCAGGGGAGCAGAUGCGUCAGAGAAUGUAUUGGAGGGAUGCUCAGAAAAGGUCUAGAGAGUACAGGGCUAUGCAGAAUCCAGUGCGGCAAGUAGACACACCCCCAGAUAGUCCACCAGACCAGAGUACCGAAGAGCCAAGUAUGAGCAGACGUGUUCUUGCAAGUUGAGAGGGACAGAAGAAAAACAAGGAAAAGGCAUUCAAGUGGAAUAAAUGCUCGAAAGAGAAAAUUAAGAUAACAAAACAGUGAAAUCGACUGAGAAAGCAAAAAUGGCGAAAAAAAGAAGGCUCAAAUAGUUGACAAAUGGCAAACAAAAAAGAAGAGAUAAAGCGCAAAUUGACUCUCCACAGACAGAAACUGAGAGGAUGAUAUUAGGAAGCCGACUUAGAAAUCCUAACAUCAAGAGAGCUCUUCUCUUCCACAAUGUUCUCUGCCAAGAACUCAACAUGAAAAAACAAACUCCUGUGUCACGGAGACGGGCAACUGACAGAUCAACUAAUCGACAACUGACAUUAUCAGGCAAGUUCUAAAGAAGUAUCACCUUCUUCAUAAGAUCUGCCACAAGUUAAUGAGUGAAAAGAAACUGACAGCACAGAAAAAGUCAACAUUUCUCCAGGGUA